AUGAUAGCUUCUUUAGCGAAUUUGAUCUUCUCGACUGUUUGUUUGUUGUCUAAUUCAAUUUCUUAUGUGAUCUUCCACGUCGCGGCUUGUUCAUUCGUUCUAUUUGUUCAAACUUUCAAGAUUCCAGGAGAAGCCAUUCAGGCCUUGAUCAAGCUGGUAAGAGAUACAGCCGAGUCUUGUCUUCCCAAAUUGUGUAAAUUUGCUGUUGAUGUAAUCAGUGAAGUGUCUACGAUCUUGUUUGGUAUGGCCAAAGGACGAGUCAUGAGAUUAUCGGAUUCCAUCUCAAUGACGAUUGGUGAUGUGAGGGAGAAAGGAAUGCCAUGGUUUGACCUAUUUCUUAAGGAAUGGCCGAAAGUUUUUGAAGGGUUUAACGAAACGGUAUCGACCGUGGUUAGUGGUUUGUGGAAUAACUACAAGGCCGCUUUAUAUUAUGUCUACCAAAAGUUACUUCAUUAA